AUGGCUGAACCCCUCAGCCACAACCCUAUCCCUAGUCCAGCCCUCAGCCCCAGCCCUCAGCCCCAACCUCAGCCCUCAGCCACAACCCCAUCCCUAGUCCAGCCCACAGCCAUCAGCCCCAACCCUCAGUCCCAACCUCAGCCCUCAGCCCCAACCCCAGCCCCAGCCCUCAGCCCCAACCCUCAGCCCCAACCCCAGCCCUCAGCCCCAACCCUCAUCCUCAGCCCCAACCCCAACCCUAGCCCUCAGCCACAAACCCAGCCCCAACCCCAGCCCUCAGCCCCAACCCUCAGCCCUCAGCCACAACCCCAGCCCUCAGACCCAGCCCUCAGCCCCAACCCUCAUCCCCAACCCCAGCACUCAGCCCCAACCCCAGCCCUCAGCCCCAACCCCAGCACUCAGCACCAACCCCAGCACUCAGCCCCAACCCCAGCCCUCAGCCCCAACCCCAGCCCUCAGCCCCAGCCCUCACCCCAACCCCAGCCCUCAGCCCCAAACCUCAGCCCCAUCCCCAGCCCCAGCCCUCAGCCCCAACCCUCAACCCCAGCCUUCAGCCCCAACCCUCAGCCCCAACCCCAGCCCUCAGCCCCAGCCCUCAGCCCCAACCCUCAGCCCCAACCCCAGCCCCAGCCCUCAGCCCCAACCCUCAACCCCAGCCCCAACCCCAGCCUUAAGCCGCAUCCCUCUGCCCCAACCCCAAGCUUCAGCCCCAACCCCUACCCCAACCCCAGCCCUCAGCCCCAACCCCAACCCCAGCCCUCAGCCCCAACCCUCAGCCCCAACCCCACCCUCAGCCCUCAGCCCCAACCCUCAGCCCCAACCCCAGCCCUCAGCCCCAACCCCAGCCCCCAACCCCAGCGCUCAGCCCUCAGCCCUCAGCCCCAACCCUCAGCCCCAACCCCAGCCCUCAGCCCCAACCCUCACCCCAACCCCAGCCCUCAGCCCUCAGCCCCAACCUUCAGCCCCAACCCCAGCCCUCAGCCCUCAGCCCCAAACCCUUAG